GUGGAGAGGGCGCGACGAGGCAGAAAGACGAGGCGAGAGCGAAUCCUGGGGCGGGAAAAAAAGACGAGGCCGACGGCGGCGGGAAAUUCGGCGGUCGUCAUUCGUCGGCUUUCUUUUUUCGACUUCUUCUCCGAGCUCUCCAUCGUUACUAGUUUCUCCUCCUCACGUUUCCCCCCAUCAUCUCUUCCUCGUUGCUGUUAAAACCCCCCUCAUAGCCUCUCUUUCUCUUUUUUUGUUCAUCAUGACUGCCCCUCUUGAUGGGCCCAAUCCUCUCCGGCCCUAUUAUUUCCCUCCCUCGCUCGGCCUCGAUGCCGCCAACGCCUCGUCCCCUCCCGAUGCGUCAUCGUCCACUCAAGUCUUUGGCGGUUCGGCGCGCGAUCUUUUGCCCGACCUCGACUACUCCGAAUAUCUCGACAACUCCCCCUCGCUGUCCAGCUGGAUCCGUGAUGCCUUGGACCAAGCCCUCUGGCGCUACAGUGCCGUCCUAACUGCUCAGCCCUUUGACGUCGCCAAAACCAUCCUGCAGGCCUACGUGGUGCCCGAUGAUUCUGCGGAGGGACAAUGGGCGAGGCAUGAUCGGCGGAGCUCCGCGGCGAGCAGCCAGGGCGAUUCCAACGAUGAUGAAGACGAAUGCCUCUCCUCUGAUGAUGAGAGCAACUACUUCACAUCCGCAGCUCCCGUGUCUUCACCGUCCCAACCUCGAUCGCGGAAGCCUCGACGCCAUAUCACUGACCGGAGCGGCUAUAUUCCAUCCUCGACGUCUUCCUCUCGACAUGCUCUGGCCAUCAAGAACCCCUCCUCUCUGAUGGAGGUGCUCUCUCAGCUCUGGACCACCAGCGGACCGACAUCGCCCUGGAAAGCGACCAACGCGACCUUCAUCUAUUCCUUGCUUCUCCCGACCCUGAAUACCUUCAUCCGCAGUCUUCUAUCCGCGAUCGUGGGCCUUCCGGAGGAGGAUGUCACUUCUUCCAUGAGCGCCGACAUCCUGACGUCAACCUCCCCCGUUAUGACCUUGAUCCUGUCGUUCAUCUCCUCGUCGCUGUCGGCGAUGCUCCUCUCCCCCAUUGACACCGCACGCACAUUCCUCAUCCUCACCCCCGCCACGCACGGCCCCCGCUCGCUCCUACGGGCCCUUCGCAUGAUCCCGACCCCCAACUGCACCAUUCCCUCCCACUUGAUCCCGAUUACCAUCCUCCACUCUAGUCUGCCCAACUUUAUCAUGAACACGACACCCUUGGUCUUGAAAUCAUACCUCUCCAUUGACCCCGUCUUGAACCCUUCGGCCUGGGGCCUGUUCACCUUCCUCAGCUCGGGCCUGGAGCUCGCGGUCCGCUUUCCUCUGGAAACUGUCCUCCGUCGCGCGCAAAUUGCGACAUUCACCUCACCCAGCAUUCGGCAACACUCGAGUGGCUCCGUCCGCUCUGGAUCGUCUCCCAUCGCAGCCGAGACCAAGAUCCCGGCGGUUGAAACCAUUGUCCCGACGCCGCAGACUUACCGCGGCAUCAUCGGCACAAUGUGGGGAAUUGUUUAUGAAGAGGGAAUCGCACCCGCGCCGGAGUCCGAGCGGGCAGAGCAGCUGCUCAGGAAGCAAGUCUUGCACCGGAAACGCCAGGGUCAGGGCAUCAAGGGUCUGUACCGGGGCUGGAGAAUCGGCAUGUGGGGGAUUGCCGGCAUCUGGGGUUCCAGUCUCAUGACGAGCGCCAGUGUAACCGGGGACGACGAUUCCAUGGCCAGCGGCGGUCGAUUCUAGAACCAAAGCGCCGGCUGGUUCGGUUCCUUACCGAUAAGCCAUUAGCUUUCUCACGGUCAUCUUCACUCCCUAUCCUCCUCCCCCCCUCUCCAUCUCUUCUCCUUUCUUUCUUCCUCGUUUAAUACCAAUACCAACGGACGCUGCUAUGGGAUGUACUGUAUUUCCUCCUUUCUUUCCGGGUCUUUCCAUGUCACUUAUCACAUACGGAGCGGGCUGGCAAUGGGGCGUUGGAGCCUGUCAUUCUAUAUGGUGUAGAUAAUAUGAAUCCACACGGAUGCUGAGGCAUCUCU